UAACUCCGCUCUGAAAGUAUCCAGUUACACAUACACAGAACCAGAGCGAGCAUUUAAGAGGGCCACUAUGUAACAGGUAGUUUAGAGCGUACAAGAAAGCAAACGCUCAGAAAACAGACAACUCGCAAAAAGGACAACAGAGAGGGAGGGAGAGGAGAAAGUUUGAGUAGAAGAGGAGAUAACCAGUCCCUGUUGUGCUACAGAGUAUAUGAGGAGUCGAGUGAAGGGCACAAGAGUGAAGAACAGUCUGCUUCAUAAAGGACAUUACAGCCCUACUUAAAGAAAAUUGUAUCAUUAUCCAUUGAGCUUCAUCUGACUUGCAGUGUUGCAGGCGGUGCUUGUAUAAUGGCAGAGGCUCAUCAGGCAGUGGCGUUUCAGUUCACCGUCACACCUGAUGGCAUUGACCUACAGUUGAGCCGCGAGGUUCUCAAACACAUCUACCUAUCUGGAGUGACAUCAUGGAAGAAACGGGCCAUCCGCUUCAAGAAUGGCGUUCUCACAGGUGUGUACCCCGCCAGUCCCUCCAGCUGGUUAAUUGUAGUUAUUGCAAUAAUGAGCACCAUGUAUGCCAGGAUCGACCCCUCUAUGGGCAUGAUUGACAAGAUCAAAACUUCUCUACCUGUGAGUGAAUUUAUGACCGUUCAGACUCAGACGGUGUUGAGUGCCAUCCUGUUUGCCACAGGCCUGUGGUUAUCAUUCAUCUUUUUGCUGCGGUACAUCCUGAAAGCUCUCCUUUCCUAUCAUGGAUGGAUCUUUGAGUCACAUGGCAAAAUGAGCGUCUCUACUAAAGUCUGGCUGUGUCUUGUAAAGCUGUUGUCUGGGCGGCGACCGUUGCUCUACAGCUUCCAGGCUUCUCUGCCCCAUCUGCCAGUACCGAGCAUUGAUGACACAAUCAACAGGUAUCUUGAAUCAGUUCUACCUCUUCUGGAUGAUGAGCAAUAUAAACAGAUGGAGACUCUUGCUAAUGACUUCAAAAGGGAUCCUGCACCCAAACUCCAAAAACACCUCAAACUCAAAUCCUGGUGGGCCACAAAUUAUGUGAGUGAUUGGUGGGAGGAGUACAUCUACCUGAGAGGACGGGACCCCAUCAUGGUCAACAGCAACUUCUACACAAUGGAUUUGCUCUAUGUGAUCCCUACACACAGACAGGCUUCACGGGCGGCAAACAUAGUCCAUGCCAUGUUGCAGUAUCGGCGUAAACUGGAGCGAGGAGAACUUACUCCGCUGAGAGCUCUUGGGAUUGUCCCAAUGUGCUCUUUUCAGUACGAGAGGAUGUUCAACACCACCCGUAUUCCUGGCAUAGAAACUGAUUUCGUGCAGCAUCUGAAGGACAGGAAGCACUUGGUUGUGUACCAUCGAGGGCGUUUCUUUAAGGUGUGGCUGUACUAUGGUGGUCGCCACCUUUGGCCUUCUGAGCUUGAGUUGCAGUUUCAACGUAUCCUGGAUGACAAGUCUGAACCCCAACCCGGAGAGAUCAAGCUCCCCUCACUGACCGCCGGAAACAGGGUUCCCUGGGCCAGGGCCCGUUUGAAGUACUUCAAUGAGGGGGUCAACCGGGCGUCUCUGGAGGCCAUUGAAACGGCUGCAUUUUUUCUGACUCUGGAUGAUGAAGCGCAUGGAUAUGAUCCAGAGAACAUACGAUCCCUAGACCUCUACGCCAAAUCACUACUACAUGGAAAGUGUUAUGACAGGUGGUUUGAUAAAUCCGUCACUUUGAUUGUCUACAAGAAUGGUAAAAUUGGCGUCAACACUGAGCAUUCAUGGGCUGAUUCCCCUAUCGUAGGACAUAUGUGGGAGUAUGUUUUAGCUACAGACUGUUUUCAACUCGGUUAUACGGCGGAGGGACAUUGCAAAGGAGAUAUCAACAAAAGCCUGGCACCCCCUACCAGACUACAGUGGGACAUCCCAAAAGCAUGCCAGGAGAUUAUUGAAGGUUCUUACAUGAUUGCAAAGAGAAUUGCUGACGAUGUGGAUUUCCAUGGCUGCUUGUUUAAUGAGUUUGGGAAGGGCCUGAUAAAGAAAUGCAGAACAAGUCCUGAUGCUUUUAUCCAGCUGGCACUGCAACUAGCUCACUACAGGGACAAGGGUGAAUUCUGUCUGACUUACGAAUCAUCCAUGACGCGCAUGUUCCGCGAGGGCCGGACAGAAACCGUGCGCUCAUGCACCUGCGAGUCUUCGGCUUUUGUAAAAGCAAUGGAGGAUGAAAGAGCCACGAAUGAGCAACGGUUAGUGCUCUUCAAGAAAGCUUCAGAUAAACAUCAGAACAUGUACCGUCUGGCCAUGACUGGAGCUGGGAUCGACCGCCAUCUCUUCUGCCUCUACAUUGUGUCCAAAGUAAUGGGCAUUGACUCACCCUUCCUCAAACAGGUUUUGUCAGAGCCCUGGCGCCUCUCCACCAGUCAGACCCCUCAACAGCAGCUCAAUCUCAUCGACAUUCAGAAGUUUCCCACAUAUGUGGGAGCCGGAGGCGGCUUUGGGCCCGUUGCUGAUGACGGAUAUGGAGUUUCUUACAUUAUUGUUGGCGAGAAUCUCAUUACAUUCCACAUUUCCAGCAAGUUCUCCAGCCCUGAAACGGACUCGUUCCGUUUUGGGCAGAACAUCAGACAGGCCAUGCUGGACAUAAGAGCUCUGUUCAACCUAAAAGAGAAGAAGAUGUGACUCCCUAAAAACAGGAAGAUGCAACUUCAAACUGACCCGAACUGAAAGCACCAUUUUAAAGAUAAUAAUCUGAACAAACACCACAAAUAGCAACCAGUAGGUUAUGUUAGUAUUAAAUAAACCUGUAAAUAUAUUGUAGUUAUUAAUAGUAAAAAAUGCUUGUGAUGAAUCAAUGCACUAAAUAUUUUAGAGCAAAGGGGUAAAAUAAAGUGUAUAAAAUAAUACUGUAUUUAUUUGUAAAUAUAUUAGCAUCUAGUUUUUGGCAGAUGACUGUAAAUAUUCUAUUUGUGCAUAUUUACUUCUAGAAUGUACAAUUUACUGUGCACUUAUUUAAACUGUAAAACUACACAAUAAAAUCUGGAUCUCAAGAAUUAAAAA